AUGGAUGCUUCCGAACAAGAAAGAUUCCAACUGUACUGGGCCAGAGAACUUCGUGCCGCUCCAGCCAUUAUCGAAAUUUUGGCCAUCUGGAAUGCGUACGCUCUUCGGGACGACGUCAUAGCUAUAGAGCUCCAGCCGACGCACACGCGUGUCAAUCCGGAUGAGCCUGUAAAUGGUCUUCUUGCGACUUCGGUGUCUCUUUCGCACAAAGGCCGGCGAGCAUUUCAACAGGCACAAUCGGAUGGAGAAACCUUCUUACAGGUUGUGAAUGAGUUGUCGAAAACGAAGUCUUAUGUUUUUAAAUUGGCAGGAGGCUUCGGUGUAGAAGAUGUCCUGGUACGUCAGUAUCAGCAAGCUUUACGCAUCUUGUGUCGCGAAACUUUCCCUCGGUUGAAAGAUAAAGGGGGAAAAACGUUAUCAGCGUUUGAAGACUUAGCGUGUGAAAUAGAAACGGGGAUAGAAGCUGUAGCUCGAGUUCUUGGUAUAAUUUCAAAUAUUCGGGAUGGAGUCUGGUCCCUCGCAACGUACAUCUGGGGCGGAAGGUGGAAAGGGGUCGGCGGGUGGAAAAGGUACCCAAAAUGGUGCCGAUUUGCUCAACAGGAAGACGAAGCAACGAAAUACUCUCAGAGGUAUCCUCAAAGAACUAAUCAGCCUACAAAGCAAUGUUUGUACCCUCACCAACUUCUUCAAAUCUUUAUACUUCAAUGCCACAGAGCUGUCCAGGAAAUUUCGAAAUAUGAAGCGGACAUCAAAAUUACCACCGAAGAUGAUACCAUAGCAAUGCUUUCAACACAGGCUGCAGAUUCAAUCCACCGCGAACUCGCAAUUUCCCGAGUACCAGUUGCCACCAAGUUGAAAGCGUAUAUCGACAUUUCAUAUACACAUAUUAUUCCAGGACUUGAGAAGAUUGAAGGAAUUGCUACGCUUGACUCGGGGAAGGCAGGCUUGAACAAACAGACUCAGUUAGCCCUUGAGCAGAUGGCGAAGUAUCGUUGUGAUGCGCAGGAGGCGAUUGAUGAAUUGAUAACGAAUAUGGGAACUUCGGUCAAGCGAAAACUACAACUUUGGGACCAGCUGAAGGCUACAGGCUACAAGCUGAGCGACGCAUCGCCAUUGAAUCCGAGGAGACGGGCUGCAACAGACCGUGCUGGAGAAAAUGCAAGAGAAAUAUUCGGGGACCUCUAA